AACAUAAAAAGAGGACGCGGCUUGGAGGUCUUCUUUACAAAGGCUGUGCAACACCAGGCAGGACAACACAGCGAAGAUCUCUGGCAUGGAGACCAAUAGAAUGUUCAAACCAAGCAGAAAAGUUUAUAUGAUCAUUUUGUGUUGUACAGUUUUCGUGGUGUUUAGAUACAUCGUUCAGCUAAACUUCAGUCAGCUUCCCAGCUUUCACUUUUUCAAUGUAAUAAAUGAUCUGGCACCUGCCUAUGGAAAAAUUGGGCACAUUGCCACAACAACGGAAAGCGAAACCUUCGACCAACAAAUAACUGACAUAAUGACCAGGAUAAACGCUACAAUCCCCCAAAAGGAUAACAUGUAUUUUAAUGAAACCACCAGCGCGUUGAAGAGCACAGCAAAAAUAUUGAACUAUAAACCUAAUUAUUGUGUUGGAGACACCUUGAUUUUCCAGGUUGACGUGUUCAAUUAUUUGGGGAAAAGGAAGACUUAUGGAGGAGACUUCUUACGAGCCCGGAUGAUUUCACCAAAUCCUGGAGCUGCGGCUUGUGGAAGAAUCGAGGACUUCAAUAAUGGAACUUACAAUAUUUAUUUUACGUUAUUUUGGGAAGGACAAGUACAAAUAUCCAUUCGUCUAUUGCAUUGUAGUGAAGGGGUAUCUCUAUUGUGGAAAACAAGGAACAUGGGAUACAAUUAUAUGGCCUACACAGGAAAAUUCCUUAAUAAAACCCAGGAGGUAUAUACGAAAUGUGGCAUGCACUUGGAUUCCCAAGAAGAAAAAUGUACAUAUUUGGAUAAGAAAUAUAAAGAAGUUUUCUACUGUAUCAAGUUACCAGCAGUACCUUGUGAGGCUUUCAUAGCAUUAAGUAAUGAGUACACACAAUUUACGUACUUCAGCAACGAGAACAAGACUCUGUUUACCCAGAUCCAUGGCGUAGAAAUUCCCAAACAAGCUGAAAGAAUUGAUGUUUUAAAGUGCCCAAAAACUCCUGUGACUGCGACUUCAAAAUGCCAAAUUGGGACAUCUCUUCCCUUCCCCAGUGGUUAUUUUAUGAAGAACCAAUGGUUCCCCUCGCAUUGCAAUCUUUCUUCCUAUGAGCCCUUGUUAAACGUAACUAAAUGUUUGGCUGGAAAAAUGAUAUAUUUGAUGGGCGAUUCAACACUCCGCCAAUGGAUAGAAUUCUUCCCAAAUAUCCUAAAGGAUCUGAGAUUUUUUAACAAUCACGUAACUGGUUGGCACAGGCCCUACGUGGCAUAUGACCUACAAAACAACAUCUUCAUUCAAUGGAAGAAACAUGGACAUCCAUUUGUAGCUAAAAUCUACUUCAGCAUCAAAGAUCAUGCAUACAUAGCCAAUGAACUUGACAAGCUUGCUGGUGGCUCCAACACAAUCGUAGUGCUAACUAUAGGACAGCACUUCCGACCCUAUCCUUUUCCCCAUUUCAUCAAAAGACUUUUGGGCAUGCGAAGUGCCUUAGAGAGCCUGUUUUUACGAAGUCCGGAUACAAAAGUUGUCAUAAAGUCUGAAAACAACAGGGACUAUGGGCUUGACGUGGAGCGAUUCAGUGACUUCCAUGGUUACAUCAAUUACCUCUUAGUAAAAGACAUCUUCAGUGGACUUAAUGUUGGGAUGAUAGAUGCUUGGGACAUGUCCAUAGCAGUUGAUUCUCAAACUGGCCAUCCGCCGGAGUUUGUUGUUAUGAAUCAGAUCAACAUGUUCUUGUCAUAUAUCUGUUAGAAGAGAAGGUUGGGGUUGGUAAAAAAAAACAUACAAAAAACUACAAGUGACAAACACAAAAAAAAUUCUUGUACAAUACAAGAUCACACAAUUUUCAUUCAAUCCAUUCAGUUUUGUCUAUAUUCCCAUCGCACACUUUCCUGAAUUAUAGGCUUCUCUGUAGAAGGGGCAUACUGGAUACAUCACAGAUAAGUAAACAUGUUUUCCAGCACACCGUGGAUCUUCAAUUGUAGUCCAAAACUUUUUAAAAAAGUGCAACGUUUCGGAGCCAUGCAGGACCCCUUCGUCAGGUAUGUGAUGACAUCUCAUGACAUCUCAUCUCAUCACCUGCCUGACGAAGGGGUCCUUUGUGACUCGGAAACGUUGCACUUAUUCUGUUGUGAUUUGAUCUCUCUACCAAUCUCUGCUCGUUGAGAGGCUGAGCCGGGUGUCAGUCCGCUCUCUGCUAAAAAAAGGUCACAGGAGUCCAGAACAAGCUUUGCCUGCACUUUUCCUUUAAGUACACUAGCUGAAUUUAAAAAUGUUAACAAUUUUUAUAAUGUAUACAUAACUUCAUCAAC